UAGAGCGCCUUAGAUCGAAUUUGAGAGGAACUCGAAACAUGCCCAGUUGCAAGCGUCACGAAAUCCGCAGGACGUGCCGGCCCCAGCCGUCAUUGCUGGCCCGCUUCAAUUGCACUCAAUGCAAUCGACUGAUGUUCUUUAUGGUCGGUGUAGGUGCUGGGGUGCUCUACAUACGGAAUAAGUUCAAUGAAACGCCAGAACCUGACAAGAAGAAAAAGUAGUCCGGCUUUGCCCUUGUCUUCGACAGAAGCCGAU